CUCGCACAUUGAGCAAUGUCCUUUGAUAUCUUAACCUCGUUAUGCCACCUCACUUAUGACGUGAUUAAUAUUUCGUAAUAUAUGUGCAUAGAUAACACCACUCGUUAUAAUUUUCAAUGACGAAAAUCAAUAAUGAAGUUUCCCGCAAUUUUCGGCGAAAAGAAGAAGGAAAUUGAACCGUUCAGAUGUUUAAAGAAAAUUUGACAGGUUAAAGUUUCCUUGAUAGACGAUGUAAAUGAAGAAUAUGAUGAAGAAAAAUGAGAAAAAUCAUUCACGUGCGCUGUUUACGCAAAAUUGUUAUUGCAAUCGUGCUCUUAUCAGUCCUCUAAUGUGGGGUAUCACGAUAGUUGCUUGAUAAUCAUAGAGUCUCUUCGAGACUCGAUCACGUCCGAUGAAAAGAGCGUCAACUGCAAUAUUGUUUCGUGAUAUUGUUACGAAAACAUUCAAAGGUCGAUCGUCACUAAAGAGCACGAUCAUUUUUCUCUCGGAUUCGCGAUAUAGCACGUAUCCUGGACGAUUGGACGUGUCCACUACCGCGAUGACCAAGCAAAUCUUCAAGGGUAGUAACGAUCACUACAACGGCAUCACGGUUGAUUCACUCGAGGAACCUUGUGACAGUAAAAUAUUCGCUCAGCGUCUGAAAGAUUCUUUGGAGCAAUGGACUAAAGAUAAAAAACGUGCUGUAUGGUUUUGCGUACAUAUACCGAACACAGAAUGGGUUCCGAUAUUGACAAAACAGGGAUUCAUCUUUCAUCAUGCAAAAGAGGAAUAUGUCAUGUUAUAUCGUUGGUUGCCCAGUGAAGAAUGCAACAUUCCAAAAUAUGCUCAUACAUUCUUAGGUGUUGGUGCAUUUGUGUUCAACAAGGAUACUAAUGAAAUUCUUGUUAUUAAAGAGAAGUAUGCACUCAAUAAAGCCUGGAAACUUCCAGGUGGCUAUGUAGAGCCAGGAGAAGAUAUUGAAGUAGCAGCUAAAAGAGAAGUACUGGAAGAAACAGGAAUUCAAGCAGACUUCAAGUGUCUAAUAUCUUUUAGACACGGACAUGAUUAUUUAUUUGGCUGCUCGGAUAUAUACAUGAUUGCAUAUUUAACACCUCAGAAUUUUGAGAUUCAAAAAUGUAAAAGGGAAAUUUCAGAAUGCAAAUGGAUGAAGUUGACUGAAUACAUGCAACAUCCAGAAGUACAUGCAAAUAAUAAAACUCUAGCGGAAAAAACAAUAGAUUUUUUGCGACAUGAAAUGGGCAUAGUUGCAAAUUAUGGAAUACAUCCUAUCAGCAAAAAGCAGAUAUGUGUAUACAGUGUAGAAAACACAGAUGUUGGAACUACAUUUAUGGAAUAAGUUUCUUUUUAUGCAAAAAAGAGAGAUAUAUUGAAUUAUAUAAAAUUAAAUGUAGAUAGAAAACAUUUUAUAAUAAUAAUAUACAUAGCAUUGUUACUGCCAUACGAGCAAAUGUACAAAAUAAUUUAGAUACUAU